AUGGCCAAAUGUGACCGUCUAAAGAAAAUGCUCGGCAUGCAGCGUGGCGGCUGCACCUCGUUUCCCAGCCGGAUGUGUGCAAGCCUCGCAGUGUGGAGGCUCCCAGGUCCAGCCACGGGGCACGCAGGCACAAAGGCUUUGACAACGUCCUUCACCAAUGCACCUCCGCCGGUCCGCACGGGCUCGCGAGGUUCCGAGUCCCGUCCGGCAGCCUUUCCCUCUCCGUCCCCCUUAGGCGACGAGGACGAAUCCAACAAUCAUGCGUCCCACAAGAAGAAGCACAAGAAGCACAAGAAGAAGCACAAGAAGAGGCACCACCGGGAGGAGGCGGGCGCGGCGCCCGCGGCCCUGGGCGCGGCCCUCCCCAAGCCCCAGCUGAAGCUCAAGAUCAAGCUCGGCGGCCAGAUCCUGGGCACCAAGAGUGUGCCAACUUUUACGGUCAUCCCCGAGAGGCCGCGCUCCCCUUCGCCACUCAUGGUUGUGGAUGAUGAGGAUGAGCCCAUGGAGGGGGUUCCCAUCGAACAGUAUCGAGCAUGGUUAGAUGAGGACAGCAACUUGGAGCCAUCUCCACUGCCGGAGCUUGAUGCAGAAAUGGGCUUUCCGGCUCGUGAGGAAGAGGAAGAGCAGCGCUGGCUGGAUGCUCUGGAGCGAGGGGAGUUAGAUGACAACGGGGAGCUCAAGAAGGAGGUGGAUGAGUCGCUGCUCACAGCCAGGCAGAAAGCGCUCCUGCACAAGCAACAGAGCCAGCCCCUGCUGGAGCUGCCAAUGGGCUACAAGGCGAAGGAGCUGACGGAGGAGAUGCUGGUGAAGCGGGAGGAGCGCGCCCGGAAGCGGCGCCUUCAGGCCGCGAAGAAGGCCGAGGAGAACAAGAACCAAACCAUCGAGCGCCUCACCAAGACCAGCAAAGCCAAAGUGAAGACGCUGCGGGAGCGGAAGGCCAAAGGGGCGCUCGUUCCCACAGUCUGCUACCGCAGCGCCGCCAACGGGAUCACCGUGUCCUUCCCCCCGGGAGUCGCCCUGCCCCUCUUACCCUCCCUCGCCCCCUCUGUGCCCCCGCCCAUUCCCUGCGGGGUCAGCGGCUGCCCCAACCUCAGGCGCUACUCCUGCUCCCGCACGGGGGUCCCGCUCUGCAGUCUGGCCUGCUACAAGAAGAACCUGCUGCUCCAGCAGGUGGGGGCCUAGCGCUGUCGCCCUCGCUCCUUGGAGCCCGAGGCGCUGGUCCUGGGGAGGACAUGCUGGGGUGGUCGCCCUCCCGGGCUGGGAGGCGACGGCAGGCCUGCUGAGCGACUCGUGCCGAAUGCCUGGGAUGGGGCCAGGAGGGCCCUGCCUGCCUUGCAGCCCCCCGUCGGUAGAGGCCCACGGCCUGCCUGGCGCAGCAGCCCUGAAGCUCAUGGAGCGGUGCUACUGGCCGCUCACUGGUGCGCCUCUGGGAUCGCAAGUGAAACUGCAGGAGCCGGCUUUGGCGAUCCUGCCACGGCCCUGCGGAGACCCUUCCCCACUGUUCAGCGGGGGCCUCUCCCGCAGUUCAUCCAACGGCGGGCUGCUGUGUGAAGACGGGAAGUGAUGGGGGUGCUCUUGGGCUCCUUGCCCCGUCAGCAAGGCCCGGCAAAACCAGGGCUUCAUGGUUGGUUGAUUGAUGGACUGUGCUAUUAAAGACAGAGGGCUGAGCUGCUGAAUUGCCUGGCCAGAAGCACGAGGUUUUGGGGAUUCCAGGGAAGGAGCAUCCCAACUCCAGGUUUUCUUUAAGGAGAUCGCAUCUGUGCACAAAAUACGAGGAAGCCCGCUCGCGUUCCCAAGGCAUCUGGCCGCAGUUCACUUCCCGCUGCGCAGGGAACGAGCCUGCCGGGUGGGCUCCAGUCAGCUGGAAUGGACAGUGAGGGGCCCCCUCCCCAUGUCCGUCCGAACGAGGACAACCGGGAAGCGGCAGGCUUAGCUGGGCCAGACGUGCCCACAAGGCGAGCGGGCAGCAGAGCACCGGGGCGAUGCGAGCACAGCGAGCAAUGACUGGCGCAGCAGCGCGCCGAUCGCUUGCGCAGAGGGAGCCAGAGGGCCCCGCCUGGCCUGCCAAGGGCCCAGAUGGAUUUGUUAGCAACUCUGCCCAAGACCUCGCGUACACCAGCGUCUCCUGAGCUGCUGCCUGCUCUACUGCAUUGUCUUAGGGUGAUGUUUGCUCACAACAGGUUUAUUUAUAUUAAAUUUAAUCCUGUUUUAACAGA